GGAUCUUAAUAUACAAAGAUGAAAAAUGGAUUAAUAUUAGAUAAGUUACCGAAUGAAUUAAUAAUUGAUAUUAUUAUGUUAUUACCUAUCAACGAUUUAUCUCAAUUAGCCUGCGUUUGUAGGACGUUAAAUGAUGUUAUAAAAAAGCACAGAAAUUUGAUAUAUCACACUAAAUCUAUUGAAUAUGGCUUCACAGAUAUCCAUUCUGAUAUCGAUAAUGUCUAUUCUGUAGCCAACAAGCGUAGAUGUUUACGUAAAACGUUUGAGAAGGUCAAUGACUGGAGAGACUACUGUUUUCUUUCUCUACAGCAAAAUGAACGGUGGCCUAGUCAAUGUAAUGAUUCACGUGGCAUAGACCUACACUUACCACGAGAUAGGAGCGUCUGGAGAAUUAAAGUUGAUACAAACUUGAAGAUAUUCAUCUAUACGUCCACAAUGGGAGGUUUAUCCAUCAAAUCAAUUGAAAACCCCCAUGAAUUUCGCUGUUGUAACACUUCAGUUGCACCAUUUGCUCAUUUAGAGUACGAUAAUGGAUACGCUAGUACUCAUGGCGCUUCACUCGAUCUCUGGAAAAUCCGGCUGGAAGGAAAUCUACCUAAAUUAGAGCAUAUUACGAGAGUAUCAGUACCAUUUGAAACUCGUGCCUCGCGGAUGAAAUUCGGCGUUUUGGCCGUGGCCUCAGCCGAUGGUGCUCAUAUUGCAUUGAUAAACCCCUCUGAUGGUAGCCUCAUUAAAGUGAUAAACACUGUCCGAGUUGUCUUGGGUGUACCAUUGAUGAUUUUCUAUAUUGAGCAAACACAAAACGAGGUUCUUAUUUGCAGAGGUAGCAAAAUUGAGGUCUACUCUAAACAGACUGGCUUAUUAUGUACGACAAUCAGGAUAACCAUAAACCCUGACCAAUUUUAUUGUUUGAGCAAGGUUCAGUUCGGUGGACUACAAGGAGAUGAGCCGGUAAGUGGUAUAGCACCAACCUUCCAAGAGUUCCAAAUUGCAAAAAGGCACGAGAUAGAUGAAGACGAGGAUAAUUUGACUGCUCAAGUAAGAGCUGAUAUGUUUGCAUACUUUGGAAUAAAUAGACCAGCUGCCAAUAACGAGGAUCAAGCUAACAUAGUGCAAGAAAACCCAGUUGAAUUGGAUGACGAACGUGACAAUCCAGUAGGAGAGGAUGUUGAAGAGCGUGAUUUGGUACAAGCGCUCAUGCAUGAAUUUGAAGAUAAUUGGUCAGCAGUACACGUCGAUGGUGACACACUUGUUGCAUUAUCUGAGAAACAAAUCUUAAUCGUUCCUAAUUAUAGCAAAGCUAUAGAAGAUGAUGAGAUGUUGAACAAACAGAUGGUUAUAAAGCUCCCUGAAUAUGAUGGCGAUACGUCGCAGAUGUGCUUCGAGUAUUCGCGUAUGGUAUUCGAGUUAGAAGGACAUUUAUGUAUACUUCCACUUCAUGACACACCUCAAGUUAUGUAUAUAUCUGAGUCGGCAGCUCCCGAUUCUGCUUCAGCCAUGCAAGCCACAGAAGAUGCGAUUAUUUCGACAAUACAUGAAAAUGACAACCACAGCCACUGGCCUCAUAUUCAAACAAUACGUUGGAUCGAUUUUUCGCCUACAUCUGCUACGUUAUCGAACUGAAAUAAUGUAUGCUAAUUUUAAACAGUACUUGAUAAGAAAUAAAAGCUGAGUUAAUGGUAUAAUGAAAAAAGAAAAACUAAACGUCAGUAUGAUCAAGUCGUUCAUAAGAAUCUGAGCUUUCAGGAUCUUCUGUUGUACUUUUACCUUUAUAAAUCCAUUUUUUGAGUGUUUUGAUCGGGUUGAUGAUAAUUGAUUUGUGCAAGUUUGGUUCAGAUCUACGGUGUCUUCGAUCAUAUUCUGUGAAACUAGCCAAAGAAGGUAAGCUAACUGAAGAUUGACGAGCUAUACGGUUCUGCUUAUGAAGUGAUAUCUGCUCGGCUUCUUCUUCAGUGGAUCCUGAAUCGCCGAAUAUGUCAGACAUCUCUUCGAGCGGUACGUUGGCUGUUUCUGGGUAGAGAAAGUAAACCAAUACGAAACUACAUGCACAAAAUAGUGCAUGCAUUGGGUAGAGUCUCCAUUGAAUGACAUCUUGUAGGAUUGGUGUAAGCUCUCCUACGAUAAAGUUUGCUGCCCAAUUAGAGGCAGUUGAGAGCGAAACGCCCUUAGCUCUGAAAGCAAGCGGCAUGAUUUCUGGUGGGUACAACCAUGGGACAGGUCCCCAAGAGAAACCAAAUGCUGCGUUGAAGAUUAUAACGCAGAUGACAACGGCUGUUGGCGUAACAGGUACGUCAAUGUAAAUCCACCAUCCAGUAAGUGUCAAUGCAAAGCACAUAACUGCAGCACCGCUUAGCAGAACAAACCUGCGGCCCCAUCUGUCAACCAAAUACCAUGGUGGGACAGUCGACGCUAUGUAUACUAGAGCAUUGAUACCAGUCAUCAAAAUGGCAUCUCUACCAACCCAACCAGCGCUGAUCAUAACUAGUGGCAUGUAAUAUGAUAUAACAUUGAUACCAUUCAAUUUGAGCAAAUAGUUGGCUACUCAUUGCUAUAAAAACUCUUGCUUUGUACUUCUUAAAGAGACAUUUGUAGGAUCUAUCAGGCUCCAAUCUGUCUUGUUCGACAGCAUCCCUAAUCUCACGAUAUUCCUUAUCGGCUUUCACGUUAUCGUAAUAGCCACCAUUAAUGUCAACGAGAACUCUAAAGCCCUCAUCAUCUUGAUCAUUGUCCAGUAGCCAUCUUGGACUUUCGGGUAUAACGAGUGAUCCUAAAGCCAAGAUACCACCAAUUAUACAUUGAAAAAGGAGCGGAAGACGCCAAGAAGCAUCUGAUUUAAUGU